AUGAAAUUUCUAUUCCUUUUAUCUGCACUAUUAUUUCUGAUAGUAAACGAAGGUUAUGGAAAACGAGUCAUAUGUUACUAUACAAAUUGGGCUGCUUAUCGACCAGGCGCUGGACAAUUUUCUGUUGAUGAUAUUGACCCUAAUUUAUGUACACAUAUUAUUUAUUCAUUUGCAAAAGUUGAAGGAAAUAGUUUAGGAACAACUGAAGGAACUGAUCCUGAAAAUUAUAGACGAAUCAUUGCAUUAAAAGAGAAAAAUCCUGAUUUAAAAAUAUUGCUUGCAGUUGGUGGUUGGAAUCAUGGAUCAGCACCAUUUACACAAAUGGUUGCAACAGAACAAUCACAACAACAAUUUGUUGAAAAUUCAUAUAAUUUGCUUAAAAAAUAUGGAUUCGAUGGUCUUGAUCUUGAUUGGGAAUAUCCAGCUGAUCGUGGUAGUCCUCCUGAGGAUCGAGGUCGAUUUACACAAUUAGUUAAGAAAUUAAGUGACAAAUACAAACCUGAAGGUCUUCUAUUAACAGCUGCAACACCAGCAUCACCUUGGAGAUAUGAUGGUAGUUAUGAACCUGAAGUUUGCAAACAUUUAGAUUUUAUUAAUUUGAUGACAUAUGAUUAUACUGGCCAAUGGGAAAGUAAUGCUGGACAUAAUAGUCCAUUAACAAGUCAAAAACAAACUGUUGAACAUAUGUUACAAAAACCAGAUUGUACACGAGAUAAGUUAAAUUUAGGCAUGGGUGCAUAUGGACGAACUCAUCUACUCGCUAAUCCAUCAGCGACUGCAAUUGGUUCUCCUACUCUUGGUCAUGGUGCAAUGGCUGGUCCAUAUACAGCAGAAAGUGGUUUUAUGGGUUAUUAUGAAGUAUGUGAAAAACUUAAGCAAGGAUGGACAAAAGAAUGGUCGGAUCAACAUAAAGUACCAUAUGCCUAUUCGGGUUCGAAUUGGGUUGGUUAUGAUGACAUAAAGAGUAUAACUCAUAAAGCUGAAUAUGUCAAUGAAAUGGAUUUAGGUGGAGCUAUGUUUUGGACAAUGGAUUUAGAUGAUUUUCGUGGUGAUAAAUGCAACGAAGGAAAGUUUCCAUUAAUUAAUACAGCAAAAGAUAUUGUCAAUGGAAAAGAACCAUCAACAAAACCAACCACAACACGUACUACACCUACAACUACUCCAAAACCUGAUCAAACAGAUACAGCAGGAUCGUAUUGUCUAUAUUCAAAAGAAAAGCAAAUUUAUGCAAAUGUCUCAAAUAAUUGUCAAAGUUAUUAUGAAUGUCUAACAACACCUAGUGGCAAACAGAUAACUGUAUCUCGAAAAUGUCCUACACCACUUAUUUAUUCUGAAGAUAAAAAGAAAUGUGUUAAAGAAAAAGAAUUAAAUGAUGUUCAAAUAAAAUGUUCAACAAAAUUGAGAUUUCCAACAACAUCAAUAUCAUCAACUAAUUGUUGGGAUCCAUCAUCUUUCGUGGCUGACACUAAAUGUCGUUUCUUUACAGAUUGUUCAACGAAACAGCGUUAUGAAUGUCCACCUGAUUCAUCGUUUGCAUCAAAUUUAAAACGAUGUGUACCACAACAAAAUGUUCAAUGUUGGUCGUAA